GCUCAGGCCCCCGGAAGUUAGCGAACUCUUCCGGAAGUGCGCUUCCUCUGUGGAUGGAGGCUCCUGCCAGACGGUCGCCACCGCGGAGCAGACGGAGCCGCCGCACCGGGGAAUGGUGAGGCCGCGGGGCCACCGCGUCCCGACGUGCUGGACUCCGGACUGAUGGCGUCAGGCACGGCGAGCCGCUCUGAAGACGAGGAGUCGCUGGCGGGACAGAAAAGGAGCUCGUCACAGGUCUCGGGCACCAUCCCCAAACGGCGGAGCUCCUCCAGGUUCAUCAAGAGGAAGAAGUUCGAUGAUGAGCUGGUAGAGAGCAGCCUCGCCAAGUCGUCCAGCCGGGCCAAGGGGCCCAGUGGGGUGGAGCCCGGCCGCUGCUCGGGCAGCGAACCCUCCUCCAGCGAGAAGAAGAAGGUCUCCAAAUCCGUCUCUGCACCCGUCACCCCGAGCCCGGUCCCGAACCCCAGCCUCCCCAAGCGGAUGAAGAAAAGCAAACAGCCCCUGCAGGUGACGAAGGACUUGGGCCGCUGGAAGCCUGCGGAUGAUCUGCUGCUCAUCAAUGCUGUGCUGCAGACCAACGACCUGACCUCGGUCCACCUGGGCGUGAAGUUCAGCUGCCGCUUCACCCUGCGGGAGAUCCAGGAGAGGUGGUACGCGCUGCUCUACGACCCGGUCAUCUCCAAGCUGGCCUGUCAGGCCAUGCGACAGCUGCACCCCGAAGCCAUCACAGCCAUCCAGAGCAAGGUGCUGUUCAGCAAAGCCGAGGAGCAACUGCUGAGCAAGGUGGGAUCGACCAGCCAGCCCACGCUGGACACCUUCCAGGGCCUGCUGCAGAAGCACCCCGAGGCGUUCUACCCGGCGCGCACGGCCAAGGCCCUGCAGCUCUACUGGCAGCUCCUGAAGCAGUACUACCUCCUGGACGACCAGACAGUGCAGCCGCUCCCCAAGGGGGACCAGGUGCUGAACUUCUCGGACGCGGAGGACAUGAUCGACGACAGCAAGCUGAAGGACGUGCGGGACGAGGUGCUGGAGCAUGAACUGACCGUGGCCGACAGGCGCCAGAAGCGGGAGAUCCGACAGCUGGAGCAGGAGCUCCACAAGUGGCAGGUGCUGGUGGACAGCAUCACGGGAAUGAGCUCCCCGGACUUUGACAACCAGACGCUGGCUGUGCUACGGGGGAGGAUGGUGCGUUACCUCAUGCGCUCCCGGGAGAUCACACUGGGCAGAGCCACGAAGGACAAUCAGAUCGAUGUGGACUUGGCGCUGGAGGGGCCCGCCUGGAAAAUCUCCCGCAAGCAAGGCGUCAUCAAGCUGAAGAACAACGGGGAUUUCUUCAUCGCGAACGAGGGCCGGCGCCCCAUCUACGUGGACGGGCGCCCCGUGCUGGGCGCCAGCAAGUGGAAGCUCAACAACAACUCGGUGGUGGAGAUCGCCAGCCUGCGCUUCGUCUUCCUCAUCAACCAGGACCUGAUCGCCCUCAUCAAGGCCGAAGCUGCCAAGAUCCCCCAGCAGUGAGGGGCCCUGCUACCGUCCGGUGUCCGCUGGCUUCACCCGCUGCAGGCGUCCAGCCCGCUCCUUUCCCUGGGGCCGCCCGCUCCCCUCUGGCUGGGCGCGGGGCCUGGGGCCGACCUUCCAAAUAAAUGUGUCCAACCUGC